AAAAACAUACUCCUAAAACAUUCCAUCGAAAUGGCGAUCCCAAUUCUACUCAUGUUUUCUCUUCUUUUUGUAGCCUCAACUGCAUCGGUGCAGGACUUCUGCGUUGCCGAUCUCUCACAAUCCGACACUCCUUCUGGCUUCCCUUGCAAAGAUGUCAAGAAACUUUCAGUGGCCGAUUUUGUUUACUCGGGCCUUGGCGUAGCCGGGAACACGACCAAUCUCAUCAAAGCUGCAGUCACACCCGCAUUCACGGCUCAGUUUCCGGGCGUGAAUGGGCUUGGGAUAUCCAUGGCUAGGUUAGACCUAGCCACGGGCGGGGUAAUCCCAAUGCACACUCACCCUGGUGGCUCGGAAGUUUUGGUUGUCAUCCAAGGGACCAUUUGUGCCGGAUUCAUAUCGUCUGCUAAUUCCGUCUACUUCAAGACGUUAUACAAAGGAGAUAUCAUGGUUUUCCCACAAGGGUUGCUUCAUUUCCAGAUAAACUCCGGCAAGGGGCCCGCUCUCGCAUUCGUUAGCUUCAGUAGUCCCGUCCCAGGGCUUCAGAUUACCGAUUUUGCUCUGUUUGCGAACGAUUUGCCGACGGAAUUGGUGGUCGCAACAACGUUCCUUGAUGCAGCAGUAGUUAAGAAACUGAAGGGUGUUCUUGGUGGCACUAACUAAGAUUGAUUUGGGACUUGUAUCUCUUGAUUUGUCUUGAUUUGUUGUUUGUUCUAUUUUGGUUCCAAACAUCUUGGUGUUUGGUGGUGUUGUUAGGACUAUGCUUUUUAAUGUAAUGCUGUAAGCUCGAAUGCGUGGUUUAAUUGGUCACAAGCUUGGAAUAAGCAUCAUCUGCCUUCAUGUUUAUUCAUGUGGCUUCAGAUUCUCUUUUCAGUAGU